CUCGUCCUUCUCCAAUCUCCGUGUUGUUGUUCCCGGUGACGCGGCGGAGGUGUAGCCUGACGCGGGCUCUUACGUGUCGGCCAGAAUAAAAGUGGAGCUCCGGAGGCCCGGGAGUGACGAGGGGAGCUUGUAUCGCUUAGUCGAUGAAGAUGGAGUCAGCAGAGGCUCAGCAGGAGAUUGCUGUGAUUGAGACUGAAAACCAGCACAUCACCUCGGCACAGAUCGCAACUCUGGCACAAGUAACCAUGGCAACAGGCCAUGCCACCGUAACAGGUCCAACGGUAACGCUGGUCCAGCUUCCCAACGGACAGACUGUCCAGGUCCACGGUGUCAUCCAGGCUGCCCAACCCUCUGUCAUCCAGUCCCCACAGAUCCAAACUGUACAGAUCUCUACUCUAGCUGAAAGUGAGGAUUCACAGGAGUCAGUAGACAGUGUGACCGACUCUCAGAAACGCAGGGAGAUUCUGUCACGACGCCCCUCCUACAGGAAAAUCCUGAAUGACCUUUCAUCCGACGCGCCGGCUGUACCUCGUAUCGAGGAGGAAAAGGCUGAGGAGGACGCAUCCACUAUGGCUGCCACCCAUGCCAUUACAACUGUUUCUGUCCCCACACCCAUCUACCAGACCAGCAGCGGCCAAUACAUUGCCAUCACACAGGGCGGGGCCAUCCAGCUGGCUAAUAACGGUACAGAUGGAGUCCAGGGCAUUCAAACUCUGACUAUGACUAACGCAGCAGGGGGGGCCCAAGGUGGGGCCACCAUCCUCCAGUAUGCACAGACCAGUGACGGCCAGCAGAUACUGGUUCCCAGUAAUCAGGUGAUGGUCCAAGCUGCGUCUGGUGACGUCCAGGCAUAUCAGAUCCGGGCUGCCCCCGCCAGCACCAUCGCCCCUGGGGUGGUCAUGGCCUCUUCACCCGCCCUUCCCACCGGGGGCCCUGUGGAGGUCACUCGCAAACGGGAGGUCCGCCUCAUGAAAAACAGAGAAGCAGCCCGUGAAUGUCGCAGGAAGAAGAAGGAGUAUGUAAAAUGUCUGGAGAACCGAGUGGCCGUCCUGGAGAACCAAAACAAGACACUAAUUGAAGAACUCAAAGCCCUUAAAGACCUUUACUGCCAUAAAUCUGAGUAGGUCGUCAUCCUGAAAUCACCGAACUGGGCCAAGUAGCAUUUCAGUUCCUUUCAAAUACUUUGACUGUUGGAUUCUGCCUGUCUGGCCUUCCAGUUUACACAUUGCUGGCUCUUACUGACCAAGUUGCCCUAAUUCAGUUCUGCUUGUAUUAUUAUUUCUUCAGUAGUCUGUCGGCAUUAUACAUUUAAUAUAGACAACAUUUUGCGGCAAAAACCAACUGACAAUGUGAACCACAUUUGAAGACAGUCUCUCAGACUGAUCUUAAGAUAUCAUGUUAAAGAAAAACAUACUAUGUGAGGCCACUCUGACCUUGACCUUUGGCUACCAAAAUCAAGUAAAUUAAUCCUUGAGUCCAAGUGAAUGUUUUUGCAAAAUGUCAGAGGACCCUUGAUGGCAUUCAAGAGAUAUCACUUUCACAAGGUAAAUAAAUGUGCUUUGUGAGGUCACUGUGACCUGUGACCUUUGACCACCAAACACUAAUUAGCUCAUCCCGGAGUAUAAGUGAAUAUUUGCAGAAAAGUAAAUUCAGCCAAUUUUUAUCAGCCAACCAAUGAAUCAGUCCUCUAAUCCGUGGGCAAUAAACCUGCCUCUUCACCAAUACAGUCAAGUUCCACCCUUUGUUAAUCCCUGGCAUCUGUGUUCUGUAAAUUGUGCAGAUGUUGCACUGCAUAGUUCUGCAUUUUUAUUCACAUCAGGUAACCGGUAGUAAAGUGAUGUUUUAGGCUUUCUUAAAAACCAGCAUUUUCUUUGGGUCCUUAGCGACACCCAAGCCACGUUUGAAGCCUAUUGGGUGACCAGUGGUCGAAAGACGUUUCUCCAUUGAUAGUUAGAUUAUAGUUAAUUGUUGAAAGGAUAUUAAAACCUGAGAUUUCAUUGGCCUCAUGUGACCAGUAGAGUAUUUGUGUCUUAUAUUGUAUGUAAGCAAUAACGGCCAAUACCUGCUUGAAGCAUCACCGUCGCUGCUAUGGUUACCUGCAGUUUGAUUAAGCUGUAGACAUUUUUUUUAGAUGUUGUGAUUUAUGAUUUUACAGAAACCUGCCAAAUAUUCAUAAUUAUCAGUGCUGAGUUCAGUUUUAAAUAGACGUCCAGCCACAACUACAAUCACAAGACGCAGCUUAUAAAAAAAGUUAUAAACAUUUAUUUGACUUUGAUAUAAGGACUGUUUGAUACAUUUAAAUUGUGAUUGUUGUGCUACAUGUCAGUGUGUUUAAAGAACUAGUUUAACUCUCAGUUAGUAUAACGGCUAUAACUUGUAUACCUGACCGCCCAGACAAGCUCAGUCAGUGGCAGUUAAAGGUUUUGAAUUAAUUGUCUCUAUUUGAUCCACGUCCUGAUCUGAACCAUCCUCUCAACAAUAUGGCUGCGUGUAUCUUGGACGCUCCAGCUUAUUUGGCACAAACAAGUCAUUUUUUUCAUUUUAACUUUAGAAGAUGCUAACAACUGCCGAUGGUGAGAGAAGUGACUCACAGCAGGCAGUGGUGUGUGUUAGAAAAAGGUAUGUUUUGAAAUGUGACAUCACAUUUAGGGUUAUGGUUAGGGUGGUCCACAACAGAUGGUUGACAGAGCUGAUAUUGAAAUGAGAUUAUUAGCACGCUGAAGCACAGUUUUAAAAGAAAAAACAUAAUUGUUUUUACAACCCGGGAUUGUGUUUCGAUUGCUCACCUAUUUUCCUGUCAGUUAUGUCAGUUUAAUCAUCCAGAAGGCCAGCAGCACAAGGAAUCAUUUUAUCCAAACGAAAUUAUUUAGGAGUGAGAGUAAAUUUGAAUGCUGGUAAUUUCAAACAUUUGUUGUUCCAGAAAAGCUUUGCUGAACUACUUCCGGGUUUACAUUGAUUGGCUGUACUAACUGCGUUUCUGCGCACAAGAAUUUUCAUAUAAUAUGUAUUUUUAUUUAAUUUUAGUUAACAUUCUUGUGAGUUUGGUUUAAAUAACUGGGGGUUUGUUCAUUACUCACUCUCUGUGUCCCCACACAUCAGCAGUUAACUUUUGAGUAAAGUUUUUUCUCUUUACAAAGGAGCCUGAUGUCUUUAAUAUUUGUUUGUCAAAGAUCCAGGUUGUACAAAAACGCACACAUCUUAGUAGUAAUGUUAUUCCAACACCAGGGAAGUAGUUCUAAGAAAAUGUGGAGUCAAACAUCAUGUUGUGUUGCAGUAAAUUGUCGGCGUGUUGUCGAAUAAGGACCACCCCCAUCAAAGUUAUAAUUUGUUUGUGUUGUCUGUUAAACGGUGGUAAAAUAUGGAUUACAACAAAGAGCCAUAUUUUGAUUGAGGUGGACUUUAUGAAAUAUAGGCUACAGGAAUUUAACACUUAUAAUCAAUCCGUUGAAAAGAGAUGGCUUUAGUGGGACAGUGUGUGGUUUUUGAGGAGAUGUAUGUACGUAUUUGUUUGUUUAUUUUUAUAUUAAUGUAUAUAGUCUCUACAGCAUGUGUAGACCUCAUGUAUUUCUGUUUAUUUGAUAUGGAAAAAAAAUGUUCUUAUGGCUUGUAUGAAACAACUUUGAAUAUUUGUAACAUAUGUCACUGUAUAAUAGAGGACAAUGUAUGUGUUUGUAUAUCCACCAGGCCUACCACCAUCAUGGCAGCUAAGUGUUUGAAAAAAAGGCCUUUGUUGGACUUGUUGAAUAUUUUGGAGUGUUGUACUGUUUCGGAUCAACAGUGUUUUGUUUGUGGAGUUUGUUGAGAGCACUUGGGGUCCACAACUUUUAUCAGCUAAAAUAUGGACAAUUUUCUUUGUUUGAAACCUGCACAGAGGAGCCCCAGUGGCUUCAAGCUCAGCCACGCAUUUGUUUUUAACUGAAAAUGUAUUUCUAUGACCUGAGCAGAAACAGCUCCACAAGUUUCCUUUUUUUUAUAUCUGCUCAUUCAUCAUAUGAAAGCACAUGUUUUCUUUCCACUGGAUCCAUUCAUAUGUUUAUUUUUACUGUGCAUUCAUUUUACUACUUACAUGAGAUUCUGACAGUGGUUCCAGUGGUAAGAUGUCAGUUAACCACUUCUUCACUCAGAUUUUUUUGUUUCGAAACUAACCUGAAUCAAAGACAAACAAAGAUAACUGAUGUUUUGAGGUGACAGAUGCCAUUUUGUUAAGGAAAAUCUCAAAGUUUUCCUUUUUCCUCAUACACUCAUAGAGUCUUGGUUAUACUUUUAACUUCUAUUCCUGACCGAUAUUAAAGUUGAUUCUUGACAUCGAAAACAAUUGGUUUGACCAAAUAAAUGUAACUCAAGGUUUAUUUUAUUGCUUUUUCUAGAGCUUUCAAGUGCAUCUUAGCAAUUGCAGUUCACUCACUUGUCAAUGCAUGAUAAUAAAUGGGUGUGGCUUCAUAUGUUUGUGAGUAAUAAGCCCUGCCUCUAUUCAAAGACGGUCAUCUGAAAGCUCCAGACCUUAGUAAAUGGACCUUGAGAUAAUAAUAAUUAUUCUGUUUCAAAACCUGAAUUGUCAGCUAAAGGAAAUUCAAGGGCACUACUAGUGGCUCUAACAAUCACUGACUUUUUUUGUAAUGUUUUUUUAUUUCGUUUGUCCCCUUUGUUAUUCAGUAAUCAUCAGUUCAUGGUAGCUCUUUUGGUUUUAUUUAUCAAUCAUUUGAAUCAUUUUGAUAUUGUACAGUAUGUACUUUAUGCAGGAUUAUGAGGAUUAAAGGGUUGGCUAAAGAAAUCGCACAGCACUUAAUACUAGCUGUAAUUGAUGAUCUAUUGACCCACAACACAUUAGCAUGUACUGUGGCUGUACGUGUCAUCCUUCGUCUAUGUAGAGUCAACAAUAUGCAGAAGUUAUCUUUUUUAAUGCAUUUCACUGCAUGAAAUUAAGUCUGACAAACAACACCCUGGACCUCACCGAUUCUACAACUUAUUUAAGUGGAGAGGAAGCAGCAAAUUUGAAACAUGUGCCAUUCCAAUACCUUAUUAAGUGAGGUGAACACUUUUUUAAUGAAACAAAAACAUAAUUUUCCACAUUUAAUUCACACAUCAAGUGCUGGUGCUGAAACAAAAUCUACUAGUAAUUUUUUCUGUUGAUUUGAUAAUGUGAGCUCAACUUUGUGAUGUGAUGACACAAUAUCUUCAAUCAAAAACAAACAAUGUAUUCAUUUCUGUGCCAGAAUAGUUUAUACCCACUGGUCUAAGAUCUAUGUGCAUGAAAAAAAAUUGAAAUCAUUGUGUGUAUAUAUAUAUUAUAUAUAUAAAGAGAGAGAAUUUCUAGAACGCUGAUAACAUUUUUCUAACUUUUAAUGUGACCUGUUUAUAUAAUGCCCCUUUUACAAGUUUAAAUUUAAAUUCCAUGUAUUGUAUAUUAUCUUGUAGAAACAAGACAUCUCGAUGAUGCAUUACAUCCUGUUUGUUUCAACAUCGUUACACGAUCAAACUGAACCAGACCAUUAAUUGAAAGUAUUGUUACUCUGACAUUACAUCACUCUUUUGUAAACACUUACUAUGUCGCAAUAAACUGCUCUUGAAGAUA